GGGGGGUAGGCCCUGCCCGGCCGAGCCAUGGCGGAGAUCCGGGUGUUCCCCCUCUCCUGCGUGGUCCAGAACUAUUCCUGGGGGAAGGUGGGCCUGGAGAGCGAGGUGGCCAAGCUGGUGGCCAGUGGUGACCCCCUGGUCCAGAUCCAGCCUGACCAGCCCUACGCCGAGCUGUGGAUGGGCGCGCACCCCCGGGGCGAUGCCGUCAUCCGGGAUAACCGCAUCCCCCAAAAAACCCUGGGCCAGUGGAUCGCUGACAACCCUGCCUGCCUCGGGGCCAAGGUGAAGGACACCUUCCAGGGACAGCUGCCCUUCCUGUUCAAGGUGCUGUCGGUCAACACCGCCCUGUCCAUCCAGGCGCACCCCAACAAGGAGCUGGCAGCGAAGCUCCAUGCCCAGUUCCCUGAGCACUAUCCCGAUGCCAACCACAAGCCCGAGAUGGCCAUUGCCCUCACCCCCUUCGAGGGCAUGUGUGGCUUCCGGCCCGUGGAGGAGAUUGUCUCCUUCCUCCAGAAUGUCCCUGAGCUUCGGGCACUGAUCGGGGAGGUGGCAGCGGAGCAGCUGGAGCGCAGUGGGAGCGACGACCCCCGCGGGGUCUCGGCCGCCCUCCGCGUGUGCUUCACCCGCCUCAUGAAGAGCGAGAAGAAGUUCUUUGUGGACCAGCUGAACAUGCUGGUGAAGAGGAUUUCCCAGGAAGCGGCGGAGGGGAAGGACACGUUGGGGAGCAACGGGGACCUGCUGCUGCGCCUGCACUCCCAGUACCCCGGGGACAUUGGCUGCUUCACCAUUUAUUUCCUGAACCUGGUAAGACUGGAGCCAGGGGAGGCCAUGUUCCUGGGAGCCAACGAGCCCCAUGCCUACCUGCACGGAGACUGCGUGGAGAUCAUGGCGUGCUCGGAUAACACGGUGCGUGCCGGGCUCACUCCCAAGUUCAUCGAUGUGCUCACCUUGUGUGAGAUGCUCAACUACACACCAGCACCCAGCAGCUCCAAGAUCUUCCCAGCAGCACAGAGCCAGCUCGAUCCCCACGUCUACCUCUAUGACCCACCUGUGCCAGACUUCACCAUCAUGAGGAUAGAGAUCCCUGCCUCCAUCAAGCUGUACCUCAUUUCUGCCAUGGACUCUGCCAGCAUCUUGCUGGUGAUCCAAGGGACAGCCGUGGGCACCUCCACAGCCGCAGCCUCCGAGAUGUCCCUGCAGCGUGGCUCCGUGCUCUUCAUCUCGGCCAACGAGAGCAUCUCCCUCCACCUCUCCUCACCCGACGGGAUGCUGCUCUUCCGAGCCUGCUGCCUCCUCUGAGCACCAUUUGGGACACUUCCUCCACAACACUCCGUGUUUUGAGUAGAUAGAAACUGGUGUGGGCAAAGUCUUCUCGCUUGAAAGUUUUCCCUCCAGCUAUUAAAUCCCCAAACCAGCCCUGAUGUAUAGAAAGAGCAAUUCCGUGGAUUGACUCCUUGAAUGUUGUGCAGAGCAGGCUGAGGCUUUCUGCUGCUUCUGGGUGGGCUCUUCCCAAGCCUAGCUGAUGGCAGCUAAUGUCACCUUUCCCUGGCUGUAAAA